CACACACACACUUUCUUUCACUCCCUUAAAUCACGUGCUCGUUUUUUGAAUGGAGACACGGAAAGAGGAAUGUAUUGUCAGACUUAAACCAACAUCUGAAGAGGUGAGAUCGCUCCUUUUUUUCCCUAUUUUUGCUGGCGGGAUUGACUCUGCCCUAAGGGCUAUUCUCUCACUCACUCUCUCUCUCUCUCUCUCUCUCUCUCUCUCUCUCACUUUGCACCAUUACACAAUAAAUAUUCACAGUGAAAAUAUUUUGUAAGCGCGUUUCAUGAACCAAGUUAUAGGAUUUGUUGACAACUCGCAUCGAGUUCGUUACACUUCUACCCGGUGUGAAGCACAUGUGGUUGUGACGUCAUCGUAAACAAAUCCGUUCUACUCAUCCAGACGACUUCGCAACGGCACCGUUGCCAGAUUUUUCCACUCUGGAACCCGUUCUCAAAAGAUUUCGUUUUGGGGCACCCAAAACACCGGUGCCGUGUGGACGCCAGGCCGAAACGAUAAACAAUUUUAUCAGAUUCACCUGAAUCUGUUGCCGUGUGGACAGGGCCUUAAUAUCAACAGAUCUUCAAUUAAGACAGGUUGGGCUUCAGUAUUGGAGACUAUGUAGUGUUCGGCGCCAUGUUGGCCAUUUCCAUGUUUAUUGGUAUAUUCCAGUCUCUGCGUUCACGAGGGCAGAGCAUCUCAGGCUCAGACACAGUGGAGAACUUCUUCAUGGGUGGGCGGAGCCUGGGGGCAGUACCAGUUGGGGUGUCUCUGUGUGCAAGCUUCAUGUCGGCCGUGCAGGUGCUGGGGGUUCCAUCUGAAUCAUACCUGUAUGGCUUCAAGUUCCUCUACAUGUGUUUGGGGCAGGGCAUCAACUCCCUCCUGACAGCCACACUGUUCCUCCCUGUAUACUACAGACUGACCAUCACCUCCUCUAACCAGUAUCUGAGGAUGAGGUUUGGCAGAGGAAUGCAGCUUCUCGGGAGUCUGCAGUUUCUAAUAGCCACGCUCCUCUACACUGGCAUUAUUAUCCUUGCUCCUGCACUCAUCCUAAAUCAGGCUACAGGGUUGAACAUGUGGGCGUGUCUGAUCUCCACCGGACUCAUCUGUACGUUCUACACAAGUCUGGGAGGACUUAAGGCUGUCGUGUGGACAGAUGUGUUUCAGGUCUUUGUUAUGCUUUUGGGUUUUAUUGUUACCUUCGUUCACGGCACCAUCCUGGCAGGAGGACCAGCAAAAGUCCUAGAGAUUGCCAAUAACGGAUCACGCAUCAACUUUAACGAUUUUGGGUUGGAUCCUCAGAGGCGGUACUCGUUCUGGAGUUUUACGGUCGGCGGGACGAUGGUGUGGUUGUCCAUGUACGCAGUGAAUCAGGCUCAAGUGCAGCGCUACAUCUCCUGCAGGACGGAGAGCCAGGCGAAGUGGGCUUUGUUUAUCAAUCAGAUGGGUUUGGUUCUGGUUGUGAGCAGUGCAGCUACAUGUGGUGUUGUGAUGUUUGCUCUUUAUUCACACUGUGAUCCUCUCAAAUCUGGCCAAAUCUCUGCAUCAGAUCAGUACAUGCCGUAUUUGGUACUGGAUAUUUUUCGGGAAUAUCCUGGCUUUCCUGGACUUUUCCUCGCCUGUGCAUAUGGUGGAACGUUAAGUACGGUCUCGACUAGCAUUAACGCCAUGGCUGCGGUGACGAUGGAGGAUCUUUUCAAGCCAUUUCUGAUCAAUUUGUUACAGAGGAAACAGAUGCAGCUCUGCAAAUUACUGUCAUUUCUGUAUGGAUUCGCCUGCAUCACGACGGCAGCUCUCUGCUCUCUCCUGGACUGGGGAGUUCUUCAGGGCUCGUUUACAGUCAUGGGCGUGGUUAAUGGACCUCUUCUGGGCACGUUUAUCCUGGGUAUGUUCAUCCCACCUGCAAAUAAACCGGGUGCGUUUGCCGGCGUGGCGGUGGGGUUCUCUCUUGCUCUGUGGCUUGCUAUUGGAAGCUCCAUUUAUCCUCCAACCCAAGAGAGAAUGGGCGUGUUACACACCAGCGCAGACUACUGCCCUUCAUCUAACACUACACACAACUCCACUAUGCUAACAACACCAUCACCAACGCUAUCACCUUCAGGACCUGCAGAGAACCGGUAUCGUGGUCUUCAAGAUUUUUACUCCAUAUCCUACCUCUACUUUGGAGCUCUGUCCACUGGUGCAUCCGUGCUAGUUGGAUUAGCGGUUAGCUACCUAACAGGACCAACACAGAGAGGCUCGAUCCAGCCUGGUUUGCUGUGGUGGGAUCUGAAACCUCAUCGUGAUGCUCCUCAGGAAAGCACAGGUGAAAUGAUGACCCUGAAUCCCACUGUCGUCCUACUGAACCCUGAAAAAGCUGUUGAUAAAGAGCAGAAACCUGUUUCUGUUUUGUGAGGAACGUUUGUGUUGGCUGUGGAUUUAGCCGAGGAGAGGACGUAUGUCUUUAUGAAUGUGUGCAUUUUUAUAUUUACAUAUACAACCAAAUACUCACAGUGGGGUGAUUAA